CUUUAUAGAGCUCGCUCAUGCUGGAACAGGAAAGGGCCUUCCCUAGACUGUUGUCGCAAAGUCGUAUAGACACAGUGACAUCACUCUUUGUCUUUGCUUGUUAAUAGUUUUCAGCAGAAGUGCUGAACAGCCUUUUUAACUCACGCUUUCUUUAAAGGAGACUAUUGUCUAAUCCCCCCCUCCCAAAUCCACCCCUCUCUAUCAUUCUCUUUCUCUCGCUCUUCCUCUCCCCCCACCUCUCUCUCUCUCUCUCCUCCAUCCCCCUCCUUUCUCCAUCCUCUCGCUGCCCCCGCCUCCUUCUCCUCCUCUCUCUCGGUGAUGCUGGACUCCCUCACUGAUGACGUCACCGGCCUCAGCAUCCUCGGCAGCAGCAUCACAGCCAUUUUGUGCAGCACAGAAAAACACUCGCUCUCCCUCCUCCCUUUUUCUCUUCCUGCGCCCACCCAAGUCCUGACGCACCAGCGGGUACCAGGCCCCUGCAAACCCAUCAACACACACACACACACACACACACACACACACACACACAUAGAGUGUGACGCCGAGGCUGAAGGCUGAUGAGCUGAUCGAGAGAGAGGCUGAGGAGAAAAAAACAACACGGGCGGCAGCCUGGAUGGAAAUAACGUCCACUGCCGAACGGCUCUCUAGGACUUCGCAGUGAUCGGGUGGAACGUGUCCUUGUGUUUGAGGACCGGCUGUUUUUAUUCUCCACCCGCGGCUCCAAACGUCUCUCACCAUGGCAGGAGCUUCAGUGAAGGUGGCGGUCAGGGUUCGACCCUUCAACUCCAGAGAGAUGAGCAAGGAGAGCAAGUGCAUCAUUCAGAUGUCCGGCAACACCACCACGAUCAUCAACCCUAAACAACCAAAAGAAAACAAAAGCUUCAACUUCGACUACUCGUACUGGUCUCAUACAACGCCGGAGGAUGUGAACUUCGCCUGUCAGAAGCAGGUCUAUCAAGAUAUCGGAGAGGAGAUGCUGCUCCACGCAUUCGAAGGCUACAACGUCUGCAUCUUCGCUUACGGUCAGACCGGAGCUGGAAAAUCCUACACCAUGAUGGGCAAACAGGAGAAAGACCAGCAGGGCAUCAUACCCCUGCUCUGUGAGGACCUGUUCACCAAGAUCAAUGACAAUAUGGACAACAACAUGUCUUACUCAGUGGAGGUGAGCUAUAUGGAGAUCUACUGUGAGCGAGUAAGGGAUCUACUGAACCCCAAGAACAAAGGAAACCUGCGUGUGAGAGAGCAUCCUCUCAUGGGUCCCUACGUAGAAGAUCUGUCCAAGAUGGCCGUCACCUCCUUCAACGACAUACAGGACCUGAUGGACUCCGGAAACAAAGCAAGAACCGUUGCAGCUACGAACAUGAACGAGACGAGCAGUCGCUCUCACGCCGUCUUUAACAUCAUUUUCACGCAGAAGCGCUUCGACAGCGACAGCGACAACACGACAGAAAAGGUCAGCAAGAUCAGCCUGGUGGAUCUGGCAGGCAGUGAAAGGGCUGAUUCAACAGGAGCUAAAGGAACCAGACUGAAGGAAGGAGCGAACAUUAAUAAAUCACUGACCACACUGGGCAAAGUCAUUUCUGCUUUAGCUGAAGUGGACUCUCUACCAAACAAGAACAAGAAGAAAAAGAAGGUGGAGAGUUUUAUUCCAUACAGAGACUCCGUCCUCACCUGGCUGCUCAGAGAGAACCUCGGAGGAAACUCACGUACUGCGAUGGUAGCAGCUCUCAGUCCUGCAGACAUCAACUAUGAUGAGACUCUCAGCACCCUCAGGUACGCUGACCGUGCGAAGCAGAUCCGCUGUAAUGCGGUUAUUAACGAAGAUCCCAACAACCGCUUGGUGCGCGAGCUAAAAGAGGAAGUGGCUCGGCUUAAAGAUCUGCUCUACGCCCAGGGUCUCGGCGACAUCCUCGAGAUGACCAACGCCAUGACCGGGAUGAGUCCGUCGCCGUCUCUGUCGGCUCUGUCCAGCCGCGCCGGAUCCAUCAGCAACUUGCAUGAUCGCAUCAUAUUCCCCGGCAGUGAGGAGGCCAUCGAGAGACUCAAGGAAACUGAGAAAAUCAUCGCAGAGCUGAACGAGACCUGGGAGGAGAAACUGCGCCGCACUGAGGCCAUUCGGAUGGAGAGGGAGGCUCUUUUGGCUGAAAUGGGAGUAGCGAUGAGGGAGGACGGAGGCACGGUUGGAGUGUUUUCUCCCAAAAAGACGCCUCAUCUGGUGAACCUGAACGAAGACCCUCUGAUGUCCGAGUGCUUACUGUACUACAUCAAAGACGGACUAACCAAGGUCGGGCGUGAGGACGCCAGCUGCAGGCAGGACAUCGUCCUGAGCGGGCACUUCAUCAAGGAAGAGCACUGCAUCUUCACAAGCACCACCGGCCCAGCAGGAGAGGGAGUGGCCGUGCUGGAGCCGUGCGAGGACGCGGAGAUAUACGUCAACGGCAAGAGGGUCUCGGAACCCACCGUGCUCAGAUCAGGGAACCGCAUCAUCAUGGGAAAGAGCCACGUGUUCCGCUUUAACGACCCAGAACAGGCCAGGCAGGAGCGUGAGAGGACACCGUGUGCUGAGACCCCCGUGGAGCCCGUGGACUGGGCCUUUGCUCAGAGAGAGCUGCUGGAGAAACAGGGCAUCGACAUGAAACAGGAGAUGGUGCAGAGACUUCAAGAGCUUGAGGAUCAGUAUCGGAGGGAGAGAGAGGAGGCCAGCAACCUACUGGAGCAGCAGAGACUGGACUACGAGAGUAAGCUGGAGGCUCUUCAGAGGCAGGUCAACUCUCGAUUCUACCCAGAAACCACUGAGGAGGAAGAGGAACUGGAAGAGGAGGUGCCCUGGACUAAGCGUGAGACAGAGCUGGCACUCUGGGCUUUCCGCAAAUGGCGCUUCUACCAGUUUACCUCACUGAGAGACCAGUUGUGGGGCAAUGCCAUUUUCCUAAAAGAGGCCAACGCCAUCAGUGUCGAGCUGAAGAAGAAAGUUCAGUUUCAGUUCGUGUUGCUGACCGACACACUCUACUCUCCACUCCCUCCUGACCUCCUGCCUCCCAGCGUAGCUAAAGACCGCGAGACGAGACCUUUCCCUCGCACAAUCGUAGCCGUGGAGGUCCAGGAUCAGAAGAAUGGAGCCACGCACUACUGGACCUUAGACAAACUGAGACAGCGUCUGGACCUGAUGCGGGAGAUGUACGACCGUGCGGCUGAAAUCCCCAGCAGCUCGGUGGACGACUGUGAUCACGCUCUGACCGGUGGAGACCCCUUCUACGACCGCUUCCCCUGGUUCCGUCUCGUAGGGAGCACUCCCAUUCUGAACACAUGCAUGAGCGAGCGCAUGAGAGACCCCUCCCCCUCCCCCACCCUCUCCGAGCCCGACUCGGACGUAACCGAGCUCGCAGACGAGCAGCAUUAUGGGAAGGAGGAGGAGGAGUUGGAGGACCUGGACGAUGAUGUCAGUGUGGACGAGGGGCAGCCGUGUCGAGGCCAGGACCCCUUUUACGACCGCUGGCCUCUGUUCAAUUUAGUGGGAAGGGCAUUUGUGUACCUGAGUAACCUGCUGUACCCCGUACCCCUGGUGCACCGUGUGGCUAUAGUGAGUGAGAAGGGAGAAGUGAAGGGUUUCCUCAGGGUGGCCGUGCAGGCCGUUUCAGCCGAUGAAGAAGCUCCAGAUUACGGCUCAGGUGUGAGACAGUCAGGAACCGCCAAGAUCUCCUUCGAGGACCAGCAGUUUGAGAAGUUCCAGACGGAGUCGUGUUCGGGGGGAAUGUCUCACUCCAACACGUCUCAGGAGGAGCUGAGGAUCGUAGAAGGAGAGGGACAGAACGCCGAAAUAGGACUUACAGCUGACGAGGUCAACAACAACACCUGUGCAGUCACCCCUGAUGUACCCGGCAGUCCUCAGAAGGGGGUCGUGGAGGGUGUAGAGGACGAGGUACUGGACAAGACGCUGCAACACUUGACGAUCGGCAGCACCUUCACUUUCAGAGUGACCGUACUGCAGGCCUCCAGCAUCUCGGCCGAGUACGCCGACAUCUUCUGCCAGUUUAACUUCAUCCACCGACACGACGAGGCGUUUUCCACUGAGCCGCUCAAGAACACGGGGCGCGGCCCACCACUGGGAUUCUACCAUGUACAAAAUAUCACGGUGGAGGUGACCAAGUCGUUUGUGGAGUACAUUAAAACUCAGCCCAUCGUGUUCGAGGUGUUCGGACAUUAUCAGAAGCAGCCGUUCCCUCCUAUGUGUAAAGAUCUCAUCAGUCCUCUGCGCCCAUCGAGACGCCAAUUUCCUCGAGUUAUGCCCCUGUCCAAACCAGUUCCAGCCACUAAGCUGAGUGCUAUGACGCGCUCCUCGGCCGGCCCGUGUCACUGUAAAUACGACCUGAUGGUGUUUUUUGAGAUCUGUGAGCUGGAAGCUAAUGGCGACUACAUCCCUGCAGUGGUUGAUCAUCGAGAUGGGAUGCCCUGCCAUGGAACAUUCCUGCUCCACCAGGGCAUCCAGAGGAGAAUCACUGUGACUGUAGCUCAUGAAGCAGGAUGUGACAUCAAACUGAAGGAAGUGAAAGAGCUCGUUAUCGGACGGAUCCGUAACACACCCGAGGCUGACGAGACCAUCAUCGACCCCAACAUCCUGUCCCUCAACAUUUUAUCUUCGAAUUACAUAACACCCUCUUAUGAUGACAGAGUUUCCUUGGGAAUUGAUCAUAGGAGGUUCUAUCGGUUCGAGGUGGCGUGGGAUAGCUCCAUGCACAACUCUCUCCUCCUGAACCGGGUGACACCGUACGGAGAAAAGAUCUUCAUCACGCUGUCGGCUUAUCUCGCGAUGGAGAACUGCACUCAGCCCACCGUCAUCACCAAAGACUUCUGCAUGGUCUUCUACUCAAGAGACGCCAAGCUUCCUGCAUCCCGUUCUAUCCGGAACCUCUUCAGCACCGGAGCUCUCCGACCCUCCGAGAGUAAUCAGGUGACUGGAGUGUACGAGCUCAGUCUGUGCCAUCUCGCAGAUAUUGGCAGUCCAGGAAUGCAAAGGAGGCGUCGGCGUGUGUUGGACACCUCAGUGGCGUACGUCCGCGGCGAGGAGAACCUGGCUGGGUGGAGACCUCGCAGCGACAGCCUCAUCCUCGACCAUCAGUGGGAACUGGAGAAGCUCAGCCUUCUGCAAGAGGUGGAAAAGACACGGCACUACCUGCUCCUGAGAGAGAAGCUUGAAUCCACAUUGUUGCUGAGUCCAGAUUUCUGCAGUAAGGAUCUCCUGGAGUCUCCGAAAUCGCCCGCGCCGCUUACCGGCUCUCCCGGCAGCCCCAUUCUGGAUCCGGCCAAUGAGAGGCAGAGGGAGCUGGCCGCCAAGUGUCUGCGUUUGCUCAUGCACACCUUUGACAGGCAGUACAGCCAGGUGAGCAGCAGUGCCAGUGAGAGCAAGCUGUCCGAGAUGUCUGCGUCUUUGCUGAGAGACAGCUCCUCCUCCGCUCUGAGCACGCUCACUCCGUCCUCUACCUGCCCAUCAUUAGUGGACGGUCACUACGGCACCCUUGACCUCAGCAGUACAGAGGCUCACUCUGGAGCGUCCAGUCCCGAUCUGGACCCAUACAGUCCAGAGGAGAGAAAACCUCGAACCUGCACCUUUGUCCCCAACAUCCAGGAGAUCCGUGUCGGCCCGAUCGUAUCUAAGAAAGGAUACCUGCACUUCCUGGAGUCUCACACCAGUGGCUGGGUGAAGCGAUACGUGGUGGUGCGGCGUCCGUACGUCUAUCUGUACCGCAGCGAGAGAGACAGCGUGGAGAGAGCCGUCAUCAACCUCUCCUCCGCUCAGGUGGAGUACAGCGAGGAGCAGCACGGAGGAGUCCUGAGGUCACCGAACUCGUUUGCUGUGGUGACUGAGCACCGUGGAAUCCUCCUGCAGGCCAGCAACGAUAAAGACAUGCACGACUGGCUCUACGCUUUCAACCCCCUGCUGGCAGGAACCAUCAGGUCGAAGCUUUCCAGGAGGAAAUCGGCUCAUACGAGGAUGUGAACGUUCCUUUCUUAUCGAUGCACAAAUCAAACAGCCGUCUCGUCCCCGGUGGUGUAAAUACUGG